AUGGAGGUCAAACCAUCCAACGUGGCUCCUCGCGGCAAGGAUCCGGCAAUUGGAGUGUACUACAAGCUUGCCCUCUUCUCCUUCUUCAUCUUUGCCGCUCCUCUCACAGCCUACUACGUCUCCAUCACUCACCUGUCCAAAGAUAACACGACAAUCGCGGGAGGCAUAGCAGCGUUGGUGGUCAACAUUGUCCUUGUUGCCUACAUCGUCGUGGCUUUCUUGGAGGAUCAAGGACCGGAACAGGCCACGCAGACCGACGCUAGGAGAGUCGAUACAUCCGCAGCUGCUGGCAAGCAGGAGUACAAAAAGGACAAGUAG